CUCAAGAAAAGACAAUUAUUAACCAUGGCCUGUUCCGGUCAAACUUUGUACUGUGCUUUUCCUACAAUUCCUGGAGCUGAGGAGUUGGGAGCUGUGUUUGUGUGGAGGAGACGCUGUGAUCUGAAGGCGUGUUGGAUUAUCGGGACAUGGCAGCUGAGUCUUCCCUGCUGAGGAUCGGAGUUGUAGGAUAUGGACAUUUAGGUCAGUUCUUGGUGGAGAAGAUCGUUAAAGAAGGAACUGCUCUUGGUUUGACUCUGGGUUUUGUUUGGAACAGGAAUCCUGACAAACUCAAGGGUUUAAUUCCUGAUCAGCUCAUACUUAAAGAUUUAUCACAAUUUGCAGACAGGAGCUGUGAUGUAAUAGUGGAAGUGUGUCAUCCUCAGAUUGUCCAGGAAUUUGGACCGAGCUUCCUGUCUCUGUCUCACUUCAUGGUUGGUUCUCCCUCUGCUCUCGCUGAUCCUGACCUGAACAAGAAGCUCCGUCAUGUGGCCCAGCAGUCCGAUAAGACACUCUACGUUCCCAGUGGUGCAUUAUGGGGAGGCCAGGACAUUCAGCGGCUGAAUGACAGUGGGACUUUAAAGGCCUUGUUUAUUAGAAUGUCCAAACACCCUUCAUGCUUCCGGCUAACAGGGGACGUCCUCUCAGACUGGACAGAGGGAGAGGGCAGGCGGGUUUUAUUUCGGGGCUCAGUGGCAGACCUCUGCCCUCAGGCUCCCAACAACGUAAACACCAUGGCGGCGGCAGCAGUAGCAGCGGGAACACUGGGCUUCUCUGGUGUUCAGGGGGAGAUUGUGUCUGACACAGCGUUAAGCGACUACCAUGUGGUGGAGGUGGAGGUGACCGGCCCUGGAGGCUUCUCUGUACACGCAGUGAGGAGGAACCCAGCCAAACUUGGAGCUGUGACUGGCAGCGCUACUUACAACUCCUUCUGGAACAGUUUACUCAUUUGCAAAGGUCACGGUGGCCGUGUUCACUUGUGCUGACGCCUGUUUCUCACCCUGAAGGAUUUGCCUAUUUUUAUGGUGAAACACUGUAUUCGCUAUUCAACAUAUGUGUGUACUAAUAAAGUACAUUCACAAGAAAAAGAAAAAGGCAGUUUUUGUUGAUUGUAAAAUAUUUAAAUAUUUAAACUUUAUUAUAAGUUCAUCUGUUGUGAAUGGGGAAAAUAAAAUGCUAAUCGUGAGUGUA